CAAACUGACACAAAUCCGUUUCCCGAUUACGUAUGUAAUGACAUAAUUUAUAUAUUGAUCAGGUUAUAAAUGUGUUGUUCCCGAUGAACGUUAAUGUCGUUCGUUUGUUUGAAGUUCUAUAACAGCCGUUAUCAAUAUAAAUAAAUUAUGUUUAUUUGCUACCCUUCCAAGUUACUGGUCAAUGAAAUGGCUUCUGGUAGACUGUUGGUUUUAACUCUUGUUUUCAUGACGAUUGUAAAAGCAAAAGAGCAAUUAUAUGCCGUCAGACUUCAAGGACCAAAAAAGGACUAUGGAACGGGACGAGUUGAAAUAUUUUACAAUGGACAAUGGGGAACAAUUUGUGAUGACAGCUGGGAUUUAAAUGAUGCUGAGGUUGUUUGUCGUCAACUUGGUUAUGGAAGUGCGUACAAAGCUUUACAAGGAGGCUAUGUUCCUGAUGGUAAAGAAAAGAUAUGGUUAGAUGAUGUUAGGUGCAAUGGAAGUGAACAAAAUCUUUCAGAUUGUUCUCAUCAUGGAUGGGGAAGACACAAUUGUAGACAUUCAGAAGAUGCAGGUGUAGAUUGCUCUCAGGAUGUCCCAAGAUUGUCAAUCAGACUUCAGGGAUCAACAAGCUCCAAUGCCACAGGUCGUGUAGAAAUAUUUUACAAAGGAGAAUGGGGAACAGUAUGUGAUGAUGACUGGGAUAUAAACGAUGCUAAGGUUGUAUGUCGUCAACUUGGUUAUAAAACAGCUCUGGCAGCUCUUAAAGGAAAUGUUGUUCCUAGUGGUAAUGGUACGAUAUGGUUAGAUGAUGUUAAGUGUACAGGAAAUGAAUUGUAUCUUUCAAGUUGUUCACACAGAUACUUUGGAGGUCAUAACUGUAAUCACUCAGAAGACGCCGGUGUAAAAUGUUAUGAAGACGUUGAUGAAUGUUCUCUUUCUACUGAUGAUUGUCAUGAAAAUGCAAGUUGUUUCAAUACAGAUGGAUCAUUUUUAUGCAAAUGUAACUUUGGCUUUUUGGGAGAUGGAAAAUUUUGUUCAGAAAGAACUGUUGCAAUUCGUGGACCAAAAAGUGAAAAUGGUACUGGUCGUGUAGAGGUUUUUCACAAUGGAGAAUGGGGAACUGUUUGUGAUGACAGAUGGGAUGUAUAUGAUGCUGAUGUUGUUUGUCGUCAACUUGGUUAUAAAUAUGCCAGCAAAGCUUUACAAGGAAGUUUUGUUCCUGAUGGUAAAGGAAAGAUAUGGUUAGAUGAGGUUAGAUGCAAUGGAAAUGAACAAAAUCUUUCAAGUUGCUCACAUAACAAAUGGGAGAAUCACAAUUGUGCGCAUUCUGAAGAUGCAGGUGUAGAAUGUUCUGAAGAUUUAGAUGAAUGUUCCCGAAACUUACACGACUGCAGUAUCCAUCGCCAGUGUGUAAACACGUUUGGAAGUUAUAGAUGCUUGUGUAAAUCUGGUUAUACAGGAAAUGGAACUAUUUGUAAUGACAUCGAUGAAUGCUCUGUUUCUACUGAAAAUAACUGUCAUGAAAAUGCGACAUGUAUAAAUACUUUGGGAUCAUUUUCAUGCAAAUGUCUCGUAGGCCAUUUUGGAGAUGGAGAAUUUUGUACAGAAAGAACUGUUGCAAUUCGUGGACCAAAAAGUAAAAAUGGUACUGGUCGUGUAGAGGUAUUUCACAAUGGAGAAUGGGGAACUGUUUGUGAUGACAGCUGGGAUUUAAAACAUGCUGAUGUUGUUUGUCGUCAACUUGGUUAUAAAUAUGCCAGCAAAGCUUUACAUGGAAGUUUUGUUCCUGAUGGUAAAGGAAAGAUAUGGUUAGAUGGGGUUAGAUGCAAUGGAAAUGAACAAAGUCUUUUAAGUUGUUCACAUAACGGAUGGGGAAGACACAAUUGUGGACAUCAUGAAGAUGCAGGUGUAGAAUGUUCUGAAGAUUUAAAUGAAUGUUCCCGAAACUUACACAACUGUAGUAUCCAUCGCCAGUGUGUAAACACGUUUGGAAGUUAUAGAUGCUUGUGUAAAUCUGGUUAUACAGGAAAUGGAACUAUUUGUAAUGACAUCGAUGAAUGCUCUGUUUCUACUGAAAAUAACUGUCAUGAAAAUGCGACAUGUAUAAAUACUUUGGGAUCAUUUUCAUGCAAAUGUCUCGUUGGUCAUUUUGGAAAUGGAACGUAUUGUUCAGAUCAUCCUCAAACUGUAAGGCUUCAAGGACCAAAGGCUAUUCAUGGUACUGGUCAUGUUGAAGUGUUACAUAAUGGAAAAUGGGGAACAAUUUGUGAUACGAACUGGGAUUUGAAAGACGCUGAGGUUGUAUGUCGUCAACUAGGUUACGUAAGUGCAUACAAGGCUUUAAAAGGGCAAUAUGUUCCCCGCGGUAGAAGAACAACUUGGUUAGAUAAUGUUUAUUGUAAUGGCAAGGAAUCAAAUAUUUCAAGUUGUUCAUUUAAAGGAUGGAAAGUCAGCUCUUGUAGUUCGCGCAGGAAUGCUGGGGUUGAAUGUUCUAAAGACCAACCUCCUUUGAUCAGACUUAAAGGACCAAGAAGUACAAAUGGAUCUGGUCGUGUGGAAAUAUUUUAUGAUGGAAAAUGGGGAACAGUUUGUGAUGAUUACUGGGAUAUAAAUGAUGCUAUUGUUGCAUGUCGUCAACUUGGUUAUCAGUAUGCAUCUAAGGCUCUAAAGGGAAAUGAUACAACUAACGGUAAUGGAACAAUAUGGUUAGAUGAUGUUGAUUGUACUGGAAAUGAGAUGUAUCUUUCAAGUUGCACACAUAGAAAAUGGGGAAUACAUAAUUGUAAACAUUCUGAAGAUGCUGGUGUUGAAUGUACGAAAGUUUUGAAUGAAUGCUCUAAAUCGUUACACAAUUGCCACUCCAAAGCUCGAUGUAUUGAUACAUUGGAAAGUUUUAAGUGUGAGUGUCGUUCUGGCUAUACAGGAAAUGGAGUGAAUUGUAAUGAUAUCAAUGAAUGUUCAAUUUCUACUGAGAACUGUCAUGAAAAUGCAACGUGUUACAAUACCUACGGAUCUUAUUCAUGUAGAUGUAAUUUUGGUUAUUUUGGAAAUGGAACAUAUUGCUCUGGUCCUCCUGUCAGACUUCAGGGACCAAGAAGUUUAAAUGGAACUGGUCGUGUGGAAGUAUUUUAUAAUGGAGAGUGGGGAACAGUUUGUGACGAUGGAUGGGAUUUUUACGAUGCGAAAGUUGUUUGUCGUGAACUUGGUUAUCGAUUUGCUGUUAGAGCUUUACAAGGAAUUUAUGUACCUGAUGGUCGUGGAAAAAUAUGGCUAAAUUACGUUGGUUGCUAUGGCAAUGAGGAGCAUAUUGCACGUUGUUCACAUAGCAGAUGGGGAACGCACAUUUGCGGACAUUCUGAAGAUGCUGGUGUUGAAUGUGCUGAGGUUUUAGAUGAAUGUUCUUUAUCACGACACAAUUGCCACUCUAAAGCUCAUUGUAUUGACACCAAGGAAAGUUUUAAGUGUGAGUGUCGUUCUGGUUACACAGGAAAUGGAUGGAGUUGUUAUGAUAUCAAUGAAUGUUCACUUUCUACUGAUAACUGUCAUGAAAAUUCAACAUGUCAAAAUACACCGAGAUCAUAUUCAUGUACAUGUAAAUCUGGAUAUUUUGGAAAUGGAACAAUUUGCACAGACAAACCUCCUCCUAUCAGACUUCAGGGACCAAGAAGUUCAACUGGAACUGGUCGUGUCGAAAUAUUUUAUGAUGGAGAGUGGGGAACAAUUUGUGAUUAUGACUGGGAUUUAAACGAUGCGAAAGUUGUUUGUCGUGAACUUGGUUAUCGAUUUGCUCUUAGAGCUUUACGAGGAUUUUAUGUACCUGAUGGUCGUGGUAAAAUAUGGCUAAAUUACGUUGGUUGCUAUGGCAAUGAGCAAAAUCUUUCCAGUUGUUCACAUAGCCAAUGGGGAAGUAAUAAUUGUCGACAUUAUAAAGAUGCUGGUGUUGAAUGUUCUAAAGUAUUGAAUGAAUGCUCUAAAUCGUUACACAAUUGCAACUCCAAAGCUCGAUGUAUUGAUACAGUGGAAAGUUUCAAGUGUGAGUGUCGUUCUGGUUAUACAGGAAAUGGAGUGAAUUGUAAUGAUAUCAAUGAAUGUUCAAUUUCUACUGAUAACUGUCAUGAAAAUGCAACGUGUUACAAUACCUACGGAUCUUAUUCAUGUAGAUGUAAAUCUGGAUAUUUUGGAAAUGGGACAUAUUGCUCUGACAAAGGUCCUCCUGUUAGACUUCAGGGACCAAGAAAUUUAAAUGGAACUGGACGUGUGGAAGUAUUUUAUAAUGGACAGUGGGGAACAGUUUGUGAUGAUGGCUGGGGUUUAAGUGAUGCAAAAGUUGUUUGUCGUCAGCUUGGUUAUAGAAAAGCUAAGAGGGCUCUACAAGGAGGAUUAGUUCCUGAUGGUCGUGGAAAAAUAUGGCUUGAUGAUGUUCUUUGCUUUGGUUAUGAAAAGUAUAUUUCAAGUUGUUCACAUAGGACAUGGGGAAGUCAUAAUUGUGGACAUUCUGAAGAUGCUGGUGUGGAAUGCUCAAAUGAAUUCGAUGAAUGUACUGCAAACGUACACAGCUGUAGCAUUAAUGCAGAAUGUGUCGACACUGUACAAAGUUUUAAAUGUAUUUGUAACUCAGGCUUUACAGGAAAUGGGAAAUAUUGCGAUGACAUUGACGAAUGUUCUCUUUCAACUGAUAACUGCCACCAAAACGCAACAUGUAUUAACAACAAAGGAUCAUUUUCAUGCAAAUGUAACUUUGGUUAUUUUGGAAAUGGAACCAUAUGUUCAGUACCUCGUCUAAGAUUGGAAGGACCAAAAAGUAAAAAUGGUACUGGCCGCGUUGAAAUUUUAUAUAUGGAAGAAUGGGGAACAGUAUGCGACGAUGACUGGGAUUUAAAAGAUGCUGAAGUUGUUUGUCGUCAACUUGGUUAUGAUUAUGCAGUAAAAGCUCUACCAGGAAGUCAUACACCAAAUGGUCAUGGAAAGAUAUGGUUGGAUGAUGUUAAAUGUACUGGUAGUGAACCAAAUUUAGCAAGUUGUGUAAAAAACGAAUGGGGAAGUCAUAAUUGUGAACAUCAUGAAGAUGCUGGUGUGGAAUGCUCUAACGAUUUUGAUGAAUGUUCUCUUCAGUUGCACAACUGCAGCAGUAACAGUCAAUGUAUAAACACAAUGGGAAGUUUUUCAUGUAUUUGUAAAUCUGGAUAUACAGGAACAAAUUGCACAGACAUUAACGAAUGUUCUCUGUCUAUUGAUAAUUGUCAUGAAAAAGCAACUUGUAUGAACACAGAAGGAUCUUUUUUAUGCAAAUGUAAACAUGGUUAUCAAGGAGAUGGAACGUUGUGCUCAGAGAAAAAUGACAAAAAGUACAUGCUUGAGAUUCGGUUGACAAAUCACAAGUUUUCUGAAACUUUAUUGAAUUCAUCUUCCAACGACUACAAUAACUUGAAGAAUGAAAUAGAAAGAGAGCUCGACAAUAUAUUCAAAUCGUCUGAUAAAAGUUUUUGGUACAUUGAUGCAAGAGUUCUUGGAUUUCAGAAAGGAAGUACAAUUGUAUCUUUUGUCAUAUCCUUGAAACGUCAAUUUAAUUUUGAUCCUCGUGAACUUAUAAAACAAAUAAACAAAGUUGACACAAUUGCUGGAUACAGUUUUGACAAGACUUGCACAAGAUUGAGAGCCGUUGAUGUUAAGGUGGAAAUCAAACUUUCAAAUAUAACCUUAGACAAAGAUGUAAAGAAUAAAUUUUCAUUGGCUUAUCAAAAAUUGAAAGAAAAUGUUAAUGCAAAGCUUUACAGACUUUUCAACAACACACCUGGAUUUAAUGAUGUGGAUAUUUUAGAAUUCAAUGAAAAUGAUGGUAUCACAGUGAAUUUUGCAGUCAGUUUCUUUAAAACACCAAAUGAGACAAUAGAUGUUAUUGCAUUAAACGUUGGUCGUAAGAUUAUCAAACAGUUAAAAACUGGUCACAUUGGCGAUUUCAAGGUCAACACAGAAUUUCUAAGAUUAAAAGUUCCACCUCCUCCUCCGAGGAAUGUAAGACCUUCUCAAGUAAAAGAGACUUUCAUUUAUCUGGAGUGGGAACACCCAGAUCUCUAUCAAUAUUUUUCCAUUCGUUCAUACUACAUCAAUUAUCGUAAAAGUGGUGAAAAUAUAUGGCUCAGCAAAUCUUACAGCGCUGAUCUUACAACGAAAAUGCAACUGAAUAGUUUAAAGAGCAAUGCGAUCUACGUAAUUAAGGUGGUUGCUAAGAAUGAUUACAGUUUUGGAAAAGAGAGUGAAGAAAUAGAAGUAAAAACUUUAAAAGAACAAGGAAUGUCACAGUGGUAUUAUCUUGCUCCAAUUGUUGUUGUUGUCUCUUUAAUUGCUUUAAUCGUCAUUAUAUAUUUGGCAAAAUGUACGAUUUGGAAAACAAGUAGGCGUCGUAAAUUUAGCAAUGAAGAAAAAAAAUUUUUUGAACUCACUGAAGUGCCAGAAACAAAUAAAUCGUUGAGUUCAAGCGACACAAAUAUGGAGACGCCUUUAACUGCUAACGUUUGAUGAUUUUUUUACGUUUUUGUUAAGUUUAACUAUGUUUUUGUGUCAGAAUGAUAUGAUGAAAACGGUCGACAUGCUUACGUUGUGAUUGUUGGAAAUUAUCUUUGUUUUUCUUUAUUAUUUUUAUGGAAUUUAUCAAUUUAUUUGGUUAGUUUGCUGCAACCAAAAUUUCUUAUCUAGUUGAGUUAUUUCAUUCAGUUCCUCUUAAUAAAAUUAGUAUGAGUAUGAUGAACAAAUAAA